CCUUUCUUUUCAAAUCCUUCUCACUAAAUAAAUAAUAUGGCUCCUAUUUCCAUUGUCUCUCUUUCAUCAGUACUGUUCUUGCUCUUUCUCUCCUUCAAUGGCAGCCAUGGACAGUGGGAAAACGCCCAUGCAACCUUCUAUGGCGGUGGUGAUGCUUCUGGCACAAUGGGAGGAGCUUGUGGAUAUGGAAACCUCUACAGUCAGGGGUACGGCACGGCCACGGCGGCCCUGAGCACAGCUUUGUUUAACAAUGGACUAAGCUGCGGUUCUUGUUACCAGAUCCGCUGUAACGACGACCCUAGAUGGUGUCUACCGGGAACCAUUACGGUCACCGCUACCAACUUCUGCCCACCAAACCCAUCUCAGUCAAAUGAUAAUGGAGGCUGGUGCAACCCUCCUCUCCAGCAUUUUGACCUAGCUGAACCAGCUUUCCUUCAAAUUGCUCAAUACAGAGCCGGGAUUGUCCCCGUCUCUUUCCAGAGGGUGUCUUGUGUGAAGAAAGGAGGAAUAAGGUUCACAAUCAAUGGACAUUCAUACUUUAACUUGGUUCUGAUCACCAACGUUGGCGGCGCCGGCGACGUCCGUUCUGUUUCCAUUAAGGGAUCCAACUCCGGUUGGCAACCCAUGUCCAGGAAUUGGGGGCAGAACUGGCAGAGUAACUCAUACCUUAACGGUCAGACCCUUUCGUUUCAGGUUACCACCAGUGACGGAAAAAUGCUCACCAGCAAUAACGUGGCGUCUUCUAAUUGGCAGUUUGGACAAACUUACGAAGGAGGCCAAUUCUAGGGUCUUGUUUGUUUGGGGGAGAGAAGGAAUGAAGGAUAGAGAGAGAGAGAUAGUGAGUUGAUCUUAUAAUUCACUAUUUUGCUGUGGUGGUUAGAAAAAUUAACACCCGCUUAGGCGUAGUAGUUUAUACGUGUUUGGUUUCAUUUUUAGUUUGGUCUCAAGUCAUACACUAUUUACUAAGUAGACUUGUGAUUUUCUAUUGUACUAUUUACACAUCUAUAGUCAAAUGUCAUAUGCCCUAUUGACUUGACAGAUGUUCAAAGCAGCUUUGAAAUGUAUGUAUUUCUAUUAUAUUA